AUGGCGUCCACUAACGCUCCUGCCUCUGCUGCUGAGGCGCCCCAAACAAACAACAGCGAGCCCACCCCAACCGCAGCCACACAGGCUGAAACCACACACAACCCCAUGGAGCGUAGCACAUCAGACUAUGAGGAUGUGCAAGCUUUUGAUGUCGCCGACGCCGACCUGCCAGCGCUCCCUCCCCCGGAGGACGACAGCUUCCUGCGCCACGACUUCAACGACGACAAUGUGCCGAGCGAUGGCAGCGAUUUCCUGGACCGCAAGAUGAAGCAUCAGCUGAUGGACGUCGAGUCGAGCUUUAUACCCGACCUCUCAGCGCAUCCCACGGCUUCACAGACGCGCAUGGGCGCCGACGACACGUACUUGUUUGGAGGCUCACCGGGGGCGGUGCGCCCUGCGACCCAGGCUGCAGCAGACAGCCAGGAUGCGCCGAAGCUGGACGACAGCGAGGACGACACACAGCAUACCGAGUCUUCGAUUCUGUCAGAGGAGCCUCCCACACCAGCAGGUGCUUACAAAACCCCGGCAGCACGGCGCCUGGACGUGGAUGCUACGGACGACUCGCUAGACAACGGCAACUCCUUGUCCGAAGAUGCGCCAUCAUCGCCCUCGGCAGAAGCUGCGCAGCGCAGGUCCAAGGGGCAUAGCGACAAGGACGAGCUCCAAAUUGCAGCUGGGACAGAGCAGAAGGAGCUGGACCCCUCGCAACGACCAGUGUCGAGCGCGUCGACUGUCAAGGCUCCGGAUUUUAGCAGGUUCGAGGAGGCUUCGUCGCUGAACAGUGCCUCAGAACCUAGCUUGGACAGCGUAGCCAUGCCUCCACCUCUCAUCACCACGACCUCUCCACGAGCCGGGAGGCGACCAAGUUUCUUACAGAACCGCCAGUCGAGCCAACGUUCUUCAAUAUCCUCCUUCACGAACCGCUCUGAUGCGUCCGGCGACGGCACAAGCACGGCGAGCCUGGGCGCCGACUAUGCUUUACAAACGGGCGGCGCAGUGCCUCGUCCAGCUUUGCCUCACAGGAGUAGUAUGGGCCUGUCGAGGCUGCCUAGCUUAGGCAGCAUUGCGUCAUCCAUAUCAGGCUAUAGUGACUCCAAUCCUUGGGACAAACAUCGGAGCAUCAGUGCGAAUUCGUUGUCCGGCCUGCUGCAACCGGAAGGCGGCUUAGAGCGACUGGACGAAGAGGUGGGCAGCGCCACAACGCCCCCAGAAACACCACGAACGUCUGGUGCAGGCGCCUCGACAAAUCUGACCGAUACCGUAGUCGCUAGGCACGUCCAGGAUAUCCAGGUCCCUGAUACAGUCGCACGGGAAUUCAGAGCAAAGCACUCGCGGUCGCCAGACAAACGGCAUUCGGCCACUCCGUUCACGAGAAGCAAGCACAACCUGACAUUGAAGGAACAAAACAGCAAAAUCGACAAGCUUAGCAAAGAGAACUUCGAUCUCAAGCUGAAAAUUCAUUUCCUUGACCAGGCGUUACAGAACCGAUCCGACGAGGGGGUCAAAGAGAUGAUCUCUAAGAAUGUUCAGCUUCAGACCGAUCUCGCGACUGAGAAGAAAGAAUCGCAAACGUUACGCAAAAAGGUUAGGGAGUUAGAGCGCAGGCUCAAAUCCCAGGAGGAAGGACUAUCGGCAACAAAAGACAGCGGUAGUGGCUCAGAAGAUGAGAAAAGCGAGCACUCGUCGCGACAAGCGGAGUUGGAAGAAGAAAUUCAUUUCCUGCGAGAGCGUCUGGAAUCCGCAGAAACAAUCACAGAGCAAUGGCAACAAGAAGCACUUCAGAAAGAGGCAGACAACAGGCGCAUGGCUGACUACAUCAAGACCAUGCGGGAGAAGAGCUCAUCUGGUGAAUCUGGCUUCGACGAGGCUCUCAAUAUCUGGAAAGAGGAUCUACACGAGGAACGAGUACGUCGCGAAGAGGUCGAGGUCCGCUGUGAGCAUGCAGAAUCCGAACGAGACAGGCUUCGCGAGGAAUUACAGCGCACAAGGGAGCAGAACCGCCAGAUCCUGCAGCACUCGAACAACCACAACAGCAGAGUCUACAAUAGCUCACGUCUCAUCCAUCAGUCUCUCGCCGAUCGAUCGAACACAGGCUCAGACGGUAACGACCAGUCUCGUCCUACAUCUGGUGGCAGCAGUACCUUGGUUGACCAGCUUCAGACCAACAACGAGAGGCUACAACGGGAUCUUCAUGCUCAGACCUCCAUGCUCACGUCACGGAACAGAGAGAACACGCGUUUGCGCGAAGAGAACGAAGGUCUCAGGCUGACACUUCGAAGGGGGGACGUUGGGUCAAUUGCCGGGGAUAGUAUUCUUGAACGGUCCAUCUCACGCAAUCAUAUGAGAUCUGUAUCGCGCGCUAGUGGUGGCACACGGAUCACUCAGAUGAGCGAUUCUGAACGAGAAGAUCUUGAAGGCAAGCUGGCGUCAGCACGAGAUGAGCUUUCUCAGCUUAAGCUACAGAACAAGGAGCUCGAUGACCAACUCGUCGGGCACCUUGACAUGCUUGAAACUGCGGAGAACAAGGUCAAGGAGUUCGAGACCGAGCUGGAAGCACAGACCGAGGAUCUACACGCACUUGUCGGGGAACGCGACGAAGCCUUGGAGUUACUGCAAGAUAAAGAGCAGGAAUGCGAAGAGCUCAGAGCAGAAGCACUUGAUACUGUACAGCGGCUCGAGAUUGAACUUGAGCAAAUGCAGCACGAGCGAGACCGUGUAGCAACUGAUCUCGAGCACUCUAUCGAAGACUUCAACGCUUUGCAGCAGGAGAUGAAGAACGUAAGCGAGAGUCUAAUCCAGCUUGAAGAUGACCAGAACGCAAGCAUGCGCAAGAUAGAGAACCUCGAGUCUGAAUUACGAGACGCGACUGAAGAGCUAGGCAGACAGGACAAGAUGCUCAACGACGAGCGAUCUAAGAACGAGAAACUAGAUAUCCAACUCGAGUCGUGUCAAGGAGAAGUCGACUUCCUGCGAGAAGAACAAGAAGGCGAUAAAAUCAAAAUUGGCGAGCUGGAGUCAGAUCUUGAAAAUGCGCAGAUCAAUAUACAGCACGAAAAGGAGCGACUGCGAGAUCUUGAGGAACGUUUUGCAGAAGAGCGACAGCAGCGAGACGCCCUAGAGAGUCAUGGCAAACAAGAGGUUGAGAAAGUCAUGGCUGACCUCAAUGCACAGCUAGCGAAACUCAAGGAGGAGAGCAGGAAACUACGGAAGAACUUGUCCAGUAAGGAGGUGGAAGCAAACAACUGGAAACGCCAGCAUGAUGAAUUCGAGACGAGCCUUCGAGACGCUCUCGGCAACAGCAAUGGCACCAAGCCCGGUCUACUCAAGGACAUAACAAGACUGCAGCGCGACCUCGAAGCCACCAUACAGGAACUUAACUUCACAAGGAACGACCUCACUGAGAAGGAACAGCUUCUUCGUAACCGUGAUACCCUGCUCGAGAGCACAGGCCUGCAAGUUCGCCAAAGCACAGAAGCGCUGGAGCGCGAACGCCAGAUGCGACGACAAGAUGCGACAGCAUUCGAUAUUGCCAAACGUGGCCAUCAAUCCGUGACCAGGACAAUACAGCAGUACGAAAGCAGAGUCCAAGAGUUGGAGUCUUUCCGCAGUCAGGACCGUCAGAAGCUGCACAGUCUCGAAAAGCAAUACAAGGAGCAGCUGUUGGAGCGCAACAAUUUGCUCUACGCUCUGUGGAAUCGUCUUUCGACACUUUGUGGCGCAGAGUGGUGUCGUAGCUAUGCUCUUGUCAACGGCGAGCUGACGUCCAUGGAGCUUAUUUCCAGGAACAUCAAGGGCUUUCACAGCAACAUGAUACUCGCGGUGAAAACUGUAGAAGGUAUCAUCGGCGGCUUUAGACAGAGAAUACGAGCUACAGAGAAGGACCUUGUUCGUGACUACCAAACUUUGGAGCAUACACUCGACGGCCGCAUCAAACGCCUUGAACAGCUCGAGAAGGUAGUCCUAGCGCAAAGACAGUCCAUCGGGAGGCCGAGUACGGUACGUGGCGGAAUGGUUGAUAUCAAUUCUGCAGAGGUAGCCAAAUUGCGCAACGAGAACAAGAACCUCCGAACGGAAGUCCAGACACUACGCGCCAUCAACUCGACUGCCCAAUCUGGUAACGACAUUGUGGUCAGCAAGAACCCAUCUCGCACCGGUUCGCCCACCUCAUCCAAGCGUGCAAGCAUGGCACAUACCUUGCUUCGUGCGCACUCUACCUCGGUCGUCGAGCAUCUUCAGCAACAGCAACAACAACAACAGACGCAAAGCGGGAGUCGAUCGCCAGGACAUCCCUACCCCGAGUCUUCACCGUUGCAGCCUAGUGAGCAAAAGUGGAUACAUAGGCUCAAAGAGUUGGAGCGCCGACUCAAGGCUGAGCGCGAGGCAAGACUCCUCGAUCGCAGUGGGGCGCGCAAGAGGUUGGAGCAGAAGGUGGAAGAAAAUGCAGAUUUGAGGGCUAUGCUCGAGAAAGAGCGUGAUCGACUGGCAGCUGAAGGUCACAAUGUGCAAAGGAGCAUGAGUGUCGAUAUGCCAUCACGGAGUCGGGACAUGAGUAGAGGGACCAGUGUGUUAAGUAGGCAGAACACUCUGGACAAACAGCAGGAGAUGGAUGAUGAUAUGUAUUAG